UGGUCAUGUAUAUUUACUUUAUUGUUCAUACUGUGUUCAUUUUUUAUACUUCUGUGUAAUGGACGAAACUUUAUCUACUCUUUCUGGCAGUUUAUGACUUCAGAACACCAGUACAUAUCACGAAAGGAUGAAGGAGAUAGGAUGAUUGUAUUUGAAAGAGGUGACCUAGUUUUCGUCUUUAAUUUUCACUGGACAAAUAGUUAUUCAGACUAUCGCAUAGGCUGCCUGAAGCCUGGAAAAUACAAGGUUGUCUUGGACUCGGAUGAUCCACUUUUUGGUGGCUUUGGAAGAAUUGAUCACAAUGCUGAAUUUUUCACCUUCGAAGGGUGGUAUGAUGACCGUCCUAGUUCCUUUAUGGUGUAUGCACCUAGCAGAACGGCAGUGGUCUAUGCACUAGUAGACAAAGUAGAAGAAGAAGUAGCUAUUGAAGAAUGAAUGGACUUAUUGAAAGAUGCGAACACCACCCGGUUAUCCAGAUAAGCUUCUUGACAAGUCUGGCAAUAUUGCAUUAGUCUUGGCGGAGUUUCAUGUGACAAAGGUUUGCAGUUCUUUCCCCUACUAGCAGAGCAAUAUACGCAGAGAUGAAGUGCUGAAGAAGCAUGUAAAAUCGAUGAACUUAUGUCAAACUGCUACACUAACUUCAGCAGGUUUUGCUUAGGAGUUCAUAUUGCAUUCUGUAAAUUAUCAUCUAGCUGAGCCAGUGGGUGGUAGCAGUAACAUCUCUUUACAUGUACAGCCAACUCGAUAUCAACUAUAUGACCUAGUAUACAAUAACUAUAAAAUGGAAAUAGAGCUGAUCUAAUGAUGUUU